UGUUCAGCUUUUUUUUGCAACCGAAGCCAAUUAAACGAGCGAGGCUCGCACAAACGUUAUUUAGUUUAGUAAUGCAUGUACGUAGAAAAAAGCUGCAAACGAAAUUGAAACAAAUCUUGUAUUAAUUGCAAGACUCACGUGGCGACGAUAUUAAUUCACAAUAUGAACAAUGUUAAAAGUUGCGAUAAACAGCAGCUCGAUUGAACGCCACCCGCAACAGUAUACACACUCUGCGAUUUGCAAGUCUCGGUGAGAUAAAUACAAGAUUGUUGCUCGCAUAUCACUUGCUAAACACGAGCAGUCCGCUGUAAAAGCUGUUGCUGCAGCUCUCUGAUCAGUGCGACUCGUCCAGUCGUGCCUCGUGAGCCGACAGCAGUGGAUACAAAUACUAGCGUACAGUGCAGUACUCGCCGUUCCCUCGUGUUACAAGUUUCAAAUUACUACCCCCAGAGCAACAUGAAAUAUAAAAAACGUGAUUACUAAAAUAACCUUCUCUCAUUUAUACUAGCUAAUAGUGUUGCAAUCGGACAAAUCGGAAAAAAUAAGGACAAUGAAAGGUCCCUCAUCCUAAGAAUUUCUAAGCAUAUUUUAACCUUCAUGUAGUAUUUUCUAUAAAAAGUAACUUUUGUUUUCAUCCCCGCCAACCCUUUGUUUACCUGGGGCUUAAUUGUAUAUUCUAAUAAGUUAGUAAUUGGGGGUUCUAGUUAACUAAAUCAACUCCUGACACACGACAAUGAGUAUCUUAUUGACUACAAACGAGGGCUGGCUCAUAUCUCAUCUACGUUACUUAAAUGACGUUUAUAAUACAGUCGAAGAUGAUGAUAAAAUUACAGCUUUUCGAUUCAACCAAGCUAUUUUCCAAAUCAAUUCGCAAUUUUUGCGAGCUAAUCAAGCGCCAAGAGGAAAUAAUCAAAACGGCCCUCAAUGCUCAACUGAAACUAAGAAAGCGAAAAAGCGAAAGUCUACACAGUCGAGUCUGCCUGAUCAAGUCCUUCAACAAAAUCGUUUCGUCGAAUCGGUAGGCCAAAAAAUUAUUGAUCGCGCAAUCGCUCUUCAACUGCUGGCCAAGUAUCAAAUCAACGAUAGUAAUUUGCAAUCGAGACUAGAAUCCAAGCAGUUUUAUCAAGACAGCAGUGUUCGCAAGUUCAAUAAAAACUUUAACGGAGGUAAUGCGAAAAAUUGCGCCAUCGUCGCUAAUUUUCAAAACGAGCGCUACAUUUUUCCGAAACAAUGUCAAUUUUAUUCACUUGAUGUCAGACAACUGCAAAGUAUGAUUGACCUUUCGAAUCAAUAUGAUUUCAUUCUAUUGGACCCUCCUUGGUGGAAUAAAUCUAUUAGAAGAAAAAAAGUUAAAUUAGAAGAAAGCAGCUAUGAUAUGAUGUACAAUAAAGAUGUGGCAGACAUCCCUGUUGGUAAAUUACUGAAACCAACUGGAAUAGUAGCUGUUUGGUGUACCAAUGCUCCUUCUCACAUUGAAAGUAUAUUGAAUGAAAUGUUUACAGCUUGGGGCUUAGAGUUUAAGGCAAAGUGGUAUUGGCUCAAGAUCACUCAAAAUGGUCAACCAGUUUGCAACUUCAACAGUUUUCAUGGAAAACAGCCAUAUGAGCAAUUAAUUAUUGGCUCAAAAUUAUCUAACAUCAACUUACCAGAUGGUAAGAUUAUUGUUAGUGUUCCAAGUGCAAUUCAUUCUCAUAAGCCACCACUUACAGAAAUUUUUAAGGAAUAUCUACCGGAUGAUCCAAACUGUCUGGAAAUCUUUGCUAGAUAUUUACUGCCCAAGUGGACAAGUUUUGGCUUGGAAGUUUUAAAAUUCCAGCACUUAUCUCUGUUUGGAAAGUAGUUAUAACAAAGAAAACUGAGUAUUUUUACUUGUGUUAAAUUUAAUUUAUAAGUAUCAAUAAUAUCAAUAAUGUAUUAU